CUGCUCUGCUGUCGACUAUUUGUUGAGGACGACGACUCUCCUGAGGACUGCCCUUGACUGCUCUUUUGCUCACUACUAUUCCAUUCUGUUGGCGUUGUGCCGUUGCUGCUACUCCUCUUCUUCUUCUUCUUCUUCUUCUUCUUCUUCGCUGCAAGAUGUCUCCAGAGCCUCCAGCCCUCCUAGAGGCUUUUAGCACGGUGAUUCUUUCUGUCCUGCCGUCAGCGAAGCUUGCGGGACAGGCCCGACACAAGCAUUCCCUCCCUCUGGCCCGCUUCCUUCAUGAAACCAUUCGUCGCAGUCGCACGGAUUACACGACUCUAUGCCUUGCUCUUUACUACUUCAUUCGUUUUCGUGAUUGUUCUGCCAGUGCCCCCAGCACCUACAUCCCGCUGCUGUGCGGGAGGCGUCUCUUUCUAAUAUCUCUUAUGGCUGCCAGCAAGUUCCUGCACGACCGCAGUUUCAGCAAUCGUGCCUGGUCCCGCCUCUCCGGUCUCCCGCUUGACCGUCUUCUUAUGCUCGAGCGUCUGUUCUAUACGUGCAUCGAUUAUCGUCUGCACGUGGCCAAGCAGACCUUUGCUCGCUGGUGUCUGCUGCUUGGUGAGUGCUGCACGCAUGCUCUCGCCUGUACGCGUCCCUCUUCACCCAAGCCGUUUUCUUGGGUUGCCCCUGCAUGGGUUUCCCUGUUUACUCACAUUCGUUUUCCCCUCAACGAUCCCUUCUCCGUUAUGUGCCUAGUCCGGAUUGCCCAUCGCCGUAUGGCUGCUUACAGUGCCGCCAAGGCUGCUGCACUUGCUGCGGCUGAUGCCGUGAAUGUGGGUGUCGCCCGGCCUGCUUCUCCCUCUACGACAGACUAUGCGGCACAGUUCUCCAUGCUCCGAAACAACUCGCCUGUUGCUGCAGUUGCUUCUGCUGCUCCCAUCACGCCCGCCUCUGUUUCCUUAAACUCUUCUUCUUCUCCUGUUCGCGUGCAUCCGGCCGCUGCCUACCCCCCAACACCUGAUCCUUCGCCUUCUGCUGCUGCUGCUGCACGUCCUAUGCAUCCUGGUUCUGUGUGUGCGCCGCAACUGGCCUCGCAGCUCCAGUUUCCUGACCUCCGCUCUUCGUACGUUGCUCCCGUUGCACCAGCUCCUGCACCAAUGUAUCCCUGUUUGUCCCUCUAUGUGCCUGCAGGACAAGCACCCGUCCCUGCACCCGUUCCCGCUCCUCCAGUCCCUGCCGCUCCUAUUGUUCCUUGUCACCCGGGCUACGUUACGGGACCGGUGCCGGUGCUUGUAUCGUAUGGUCUGCCCGACUCGUUGUCGUCGUAUCCUGCGCAGCCCUGGCAGUAUGCACCUAUGAAACGCAGUCUCGACCAACAUGUCCUGCCCGUCUCUGUAAACUCCUCGUCGCCUCUCCUCUAUCCUAUGGCCAAACGAAGGCGCUGGGCGCCGUAA